UCGGCUCAGUUCAAGAUGAGUAUCUCCCAGUGUUGCAUCGCACUACUGCUGACUGCGGGCUGCGUGCUCUCUACCCCGUUGGCGCUGAGCACAAGUGCUGCGCAAUCUAACUCGCAUUCUCCACUGGUGAAGCGGAAAUGUGGCCAACGUUUGAUGGAGCCCCUGCGGCCUCAGGAGGAGACUUCCAGACGUCCCAAAAUCGAGCAGUGGCCAUGGGUCGGAACGCUGUUCAUCCGGUACGGCAGUGAUCCACCUGUGUUUGCGUGCUUGGUGACUAUUCUGAACGAUCGCUUCGUGUUGACUGCUCGGUAUUGCCUCACUAGCGGGAGACGCAGAGUGACACCGCUGGAUUUGGUAGUUCGACUCCGGAUGGACAGCUUCGAUCGAACGGAGCAAACGUCGACGCAUGAGUUCGAAGUUGACGAAUUUUACACAAGCAAUACGACGGACCCGCUGGCGGCGCUUGCACUGCUGAGACUUUCCAGUGAAAUCAACAUGAACGUCUUCGCCCGUCCGAUUUGUCUGUGGGAGAGCGGUGAUGAAAAUCAGGAAUUGGUUGAUAAAACAGGAACUCUUGUGGGAUGGCAAUCGAAUUUGUUCGGUGGGCUAGAGCAAAACAUGAGAGAACUGAAUGUCGUUAUAGUUCCGAGUCAAAUGUGCCCCAUGCUGCCAGAGGUUAUGGUUGGGAAAAUUUGCGCGCAAGUGCAGAACGAUUUAACUUAUGGUCACGGCGAUGGUGGUGGUGGAUUGUAUGUGGAGGAAGAGAGUGUUUGGUAUGUGAAAGGUAUAAUUGUGAAGUUUGAUGUAAUUGGCUUGGAACAGCAGCAUUUAUCAUUUAUCGAUAUUUCGCCGCAUUUGAAAUGGAUAAGAUGGAUAAUAGAAUAAUUGAAAAUA